AUAAAGGAAGGUGAUACAUUUCAUAUCCGACACUUCGACACAAGCCUGGGCUCAUUGACGAAGGGAAAACUGACCGAAAAAAAAAUGCAGUUCGUUUUCGCUAGCUUUGUCUUCGUUUCCUUCAUUAUUUAUGCAUCGGCUCAGUACCAGCUAGAUCCUAGCCAAUACUACGUUGACAAUCAUUUCCGGAGCGGAAGUCCAGAUUCAUCUUUUGAUGUUGCGGAGGUCGACGAACGUUUUAUCAAGACGGUAUCGUUGACUCUGUCGACGACUACCGUCACCACCACAACGACUUCGAUGGCAACGUGCACCACGUCCACUGGUGCGCUUUCCGUUUGCACAGCGUCCGGAAGACGUCGUCGUGGUCUCCAUCUCAGCGGAAACAAGGAAGGACGCGGGCUGUUCUACAACGAGAACGAAGAACCCAGCGAAGAUGGCACCAUCUUCUUGCCAUCGCCUAUCAAGGAAGAGGAAAAACAAAUUGAACCGGUCCCAACUCCCGAAGAAAACAAAGAGGCCAAGGCGAUUCCGUUCGUCGUCGAGUCUGGAUUCAGCGCUCCUGCUAGACAAAGUCGUGUUUUGGUGUAUUUUGGUACGUCAACUACCACGAGAACAACUACGACAACCAGCACAACGACGUUGACGGCCAUCUGUCUCAGCACCACCGGAUAUCAGGUGUGCGGAUCCCAUGGCAAAUAAGAUGUGCGUUUGUGACGGGAUAUGCUUUUGUCUUCGUUCGUUUCAACACGGCAAAGUAAUUUGAUUCAUCUUGUGCUACGUGAAUUUCUAAAUUUGAAAUUCUGGCUUAUUUAUCGUUGAAAGAAAAAUGAAUUAUUUCUUGAGCACACCUUGUAAAGUAUCUAUAGUUGUAUUACUCUGGCUAUUCAUUGGUAAUUGCCGUAGAAGCUGUACCGUGCAACUCAAUACACUUUGAAAGAAUAA